AUGGCAGCUGGAAGCACGUUCUUCUUUGAACAACUCAGUAACUUGGACAACCCCUUCACAGGCUCUAACCCUGAAGUUUUUUUCUACUGCAUUAGGUCAAUUUCAAAGUCAUUGUCUCGAACAAUUCCAAAGAAAUGGAAAUCUUCAAGUGCUACGACGCGGGUGAGAAUCGGGUGGGGAAUGGCUUGCAGCAUGCUGUCUUGUUUUGCUGCAUGGCAGGUUGAGAUCCGGAGGAUGAAGAACCUUUGGAGGGUGGGAGUUGGAGACCACACUGUAAAGCCUGUUGCCAUGACUAUCUUUUGGUUACUUCCGCAGUUCUUCCUAUCAGGACUGAUGGAAGGGCUUGUGGGAGGUGGAUUAACUGAUUUGAUCGUUCAUGGAGUGGAUGAUGCUGAUGACAAAGUAAUGGCUAGGUAUUACGGAUCCCACACCAACCAUUUCAUCAUUGGUAUCGGAAAAUUAAUUACUGCUCUUAGUAUUUUGGCGCUUAGACAAACUUGGUUAGAAGAAAAAAUUAAUUUGAGCCGUCUGGAUAAGAAUUUUAGAACCUUGACAUUCUUAACUAUUGCUACUAUCUGCUACUACCUCUGUGCUGCCCUUUACUUUUAUACCAAGGAGGAUAAAUCAGAAGAAUGCGAUCAGCAAAGCCCCAGUGGAACUGGAAGUGAAAGUGAAAUUUGA